AUGACGGAACCAAAGGCAGAUAUUGCUCUCAUUGGCUUGGCUGUUAUGGGUCAAAAUCUCAUUCUCAAUAUGGAUUCCAAAGGCUUUGUAGUAUGUGCAUAUAACAGAACAGUGGAAAAGGUAGAUCAUUUUCUUGCAAAUGAGGCCAAGGGGACCAAAAUAAUUGGAGCAAAAUCACUAGAAGACAUGGUGCAAAAAUUAAAAAAGCCAAGAAAAGUAAUGUUAUUAGUUAAGGCGGGUUCGGCAGUGGAUGCAUUUGUUAAUAAAUUGGUGCCAUUGCUGGACAAAGGUGAUAUUAUAAUUGAUGGUGGUAAUUCCCAGUACACCGACACACAACGUUGGUGUAAAGAGUUGUCCCCUACUGGAAUUUUGUACAUUGGAAUGGGAGUGAGUGGUGGUGAAGAUGGGGCACGUUAUGGACCAUCUCUUAUGCCGGGUGGUCAUCCUGAGGCAUGGCCUGCUGUUAAGCCAAUAUUCCAAGCUAUAUGUGCCAAAGCGAAUGACGAACCAUGCUGUGAUUGGGUUGGUGAAGGUGGGGCUGGCCAUUUUGUCAAAAUGGUUCAUAAUGGCAUUGAAUAUGGUGAUAUGCAGCUCAUCAGUGAAGCUUAUCACUUAAUGAAGGAUGUCCUUAACCUAGAACAAAGCGAAAUUGCCAAAGUGUUUACUGAGUGGAACAAAGGGGAGUUGGAUUCAUUCUUGAUUGAAAUAACUUCGGAUAUUUUAAAAUUCAAAGACUCUGAUAAUCAGUAUUUGUUACCCAAGAUUCGCGAUGCUGCGGGACAAAAGGGUACAGGCAAGUGGACUGUGAUCAGUUCACUAGAAUAUGGAGUUCCUGUAACACUAAUUGGAGAGGCUGUUUUUGCUCGUUGUCUUUCUUCAUUGAAAGAUGAACGUGUAAGAGCAAGUAAGAUUCUUUCAAAGUCAGCAAUUAAUUUUGAUGGCAAUAAGACUGAAUUUAUUGAAAAUCUCCGCAAAGCUCUAUAUGCUAGCAAGGUCAUCUCCUAUGCACAAGGAUUUAUGCUGCUAAGAGAGGCUGCUGAGGUUAAUAACUGGCAUUUGAACUAUGGCAGUAUUGCUCUCAUGUGGCGUGGUGGCUGCAUCAUUAGGAGUGCCUUUUUGGGCAACAUCAAGGAAGCAUUCACGAAAAAUCCGGCACUGAGCAACUUAUUGUUAGACCCAUAUUUCUCCAAGCAAGUGUCUGCUUCUCAAAUGUCUUUGCGGCAUGUCGUGGCUCAGGCUGCGUUGUCUGGUGUACCUGCACCAACAUUCUCUGCUGCGUUGGCCUUCUAUGACGGCUAUCGCUCUGAAGUAUUGCCUGCUAAUUUACUUCAGGCUCAACGUGACUACUUCGGGGCUCAUACAUACGAGCUACUUACAAAACCUGGUGAAUAUGUGCACACCAACUGGACCGGCCAUGGAGGAAAUGUCUCAGCAUCCACAUAUACUAAC